CCCAUGCCAGACACUACCUCUUAGCAGUACAGUGAGAAAGCACUGCCUGUCACUGAGCCAUGGCACCCAGCAUGAUCGUCACUGAGUCAGCUUCCAGCUACCAGCCCAAACCUGGGAAAAAGAGCAAGGAAGCCAGUGAGCUGAGAAAGACUCUAAAACCUCUGAUGGAGAAAAGAAGGAGAGCAAGGAUCAAUGAGAGUCUCAACCAGCUCAAGGCACUCAUCCUGCCCCUGAUAGGAAAAGAUAAUUCCAGAUAUUCCAAAUUAGAAAAAGCUGAUAUUCUGGAGAUGACAGUUCGGUUCCUCAAGGACAUCCCUCCAGUGCAGACACAAAGUUCUACAGAAAAGUACAGAGAGGGCUACAGAGCUUGUCUAGAACGUCUCAGUGGGCUUCUCAGUAACAGUCAUGCCAUAGCUGGAGAAACAUGCACUCGCCUCCUGGAUCAUCUACAGAAAAGCCCAGAGCUUUGUUGUCAAGAUUGUACCAAAUCCCCCAGUGCUAAAGUCAACAGCAGCACCCCAAGAAUUGUCCUUCACCUCAACCCCAGGAGAUCAGAAAUCCUCUGCUCUUCUCCAAACCAGGUACCAUCAAGACCACAAGCUCCAAGCACACCUCAGCCCACCAGCUCCAUCUGGAGACCUUGGUAAAGACCAAGCAUGGACUUAUUCCACCACACAAAAGCUCAGCUGCAUCUGGGGUACCUGGUGAAGACCAUGCAUGGACUUAUGACUCAAAUGCAAGAGUUCCUUGAUAAUUUAUUACACAUAAUUUCCUUUGUAAAUACGUUCCUUAACUACAUAACCACUUGUUGCAUGGAAGAUUAUUCUAAGCACUACACUGUGGGGUCAUUUAGUCCUUUAAGGGGAUUGAAUAAAUAUAGGGGUACAAGAAGAACCCUAGUGAACCCAAAGGGUUUUAUAAAUGAGUAUGCGAUUUGCAUUAUAUAGUUUAACCCCUUAGCUGCUGGAGGACAAGCUCUGCUGGGUUCUCUGGUGGCUGAAGGGUUAAAAUAUGGCAGGGCAACGUGCAACAAGGCUUUGUAUAUAUGUAUGAUUUGCAC